UGUUUUAUAGAUAACUCAAUUUGAGUUUUGACUGUAUAUCGGGAAGGAAAUAUACAAAAUGAUUUAUCAAUGUAAAAAUUUACAAUACACAAUACAGUAUUGCCUAAUAUUGCACAAUGAUGACGAGCCCCAUGGAACAUUAUGAUUGGCUGGCGUACAAAAUCUAACACCUAACUAACCACUAGAGUCAAAUCAAAACAAACAACAGGGUAUUCGCUGUAUUUGGAAAGUGGUGAUUGCAAUUAAAAUGGAAUUCAAACAGAAUGAAUUGCCAGAAGACCUACAAAAAUUGACAAAUCAGGAGUUAGCUGAUCUGUUGAGAAGGCAAGAGAAAAUACUGAAAAAUAAAUCAUGCAUGUCCCGAUUACCUGACAAAGGGCAGAAGAUACAACUAUUCAAGCAGAAGCUAGAAAAUAUCCUUACAGAACGAGAAAAUGUUGAUGAAGCAGCAGAAAUGUUACAAAAGAUGGACUUACAAACCAGCAAACAGCUUGCUGAUGAGUCCAAAGGAAGCCUAACUAAAGAAAAGAACAUAUCCAUAGAUGCAACAACAGCAAAAUCACCAUUUAAACCAUCUCAAAGUUUAAGAUCAAAGGCUAUCCCUGCAAAUGUGGAGAGACCUCAAGUGAUGUCAUCAAAGGGGAAUUCCCCUUCAAAAUCACAAGCACAUAAAGUUUCUGAAUAUUCCAAUGUUGUUUCACCAUUGGGAAAGUUUGAAAAGACAAAAGAACUGCCUCUAGAAGAGUCACAUAAAUUAUUGGUAGAACAGAAGGAGAAAUAUGAGGAUCUUCAGGCCCAGCAAGCUGCUGAGAGGCUAGCAGAACGAAUGCACUUGACUUUAGGAGACUAUGAACCACAAGCUGAUGAUGCUUAUCGGGAGACAGGAGAGGUGAGCAGUGGAGAAGAUGAGGAGACUGGCAAUGUUGACUUGUCUGAUUUGAUAGAUGAGACUUAGCAGCUCUGCUGAUGGAAUGCUCUCAAUUUGAUAAAAAUUCAUUCACUCUUAUUGCAUACUGAAUUUUCCAAAUAUAUAUACUGAAUAAAAACUAAUACAGAACAAUGAGUAAUGGUUUUUUUUUAAAACUAAUUUUAAUUAAAAAAAACUUCUGUAUACUUUUGUCCAUUGAUAUAAAAAGUCAUUUUAUUGAUACAAAAA